CCUGAUGAGACUUCUGGGUUUUGGUAGCAGGCGCUCUUAAUUUCUAUCAAGACACAAAUGUUUCCUUCUCUUUCAGGGUCCGUGGUCCUUUGAGGCUGUGUCUGUGCAUUUCACAGAAGAGGAGUGGGCCCUCCUGGAUCUUGACCAGAGAGCUCUUCAUAGGGAUGUCAUGGAAGAGAAUUAUCGCCUUGUCACCUAUCUCAGCCACAAGUGGGAAGCCAGGAAUAAGGGAGACAUAUGCUGGAUGUCGGCAGGAAGAGACACACACAGAAAUGAGGAGCGGCUGAGAAAGAAGACUGAAGCAGAUCAGAACAGGUGGAAUAUAUCCUCUGCUACUCAGGGUAGUAGCUACCCUGAAAUUGUGAUCAUAGAAGAAGAAGAAGAAGAAGAAGAAGAAGAGGGAAAGGAUGAAUACUGUGUGUAUCAGAAAUUGGAAUGUGAAGCUCAUUGGCAAAUCCACACUGGGGAGAAACCAUAUCAGUGCAGAGAAUGCGGAAAGACAUUCAGUCAGAAGAUGUAUCUUACGACUCAUAAAAGAAUUCAUACAGGGGAGAAGCCAUAUAAGUGCUUGGAAUGUGGAAAGGGCUUCAGCCAGAAGAUACACCUAACUUUCCACCAAAGAAUUCAUACAGGGGAAAAACCAUACCAGUGCUUGGAAUGUGGGAAGAGCUUCAUCAGAAGUUCAAACCUCACUUUGCAUCAAAGAAUCCACACAGGGGAGAAGCCAUAUCAGUGCUUGGAAUGUGGGAAAAGUUUCAUUCGAAGCACAAACCUUACUUUGCACCAGAGAAUCCACACAGGCGAGAAGCCGUAUCAGUGUGUGGAAUGUGGAAAGAGCUUCAGCCAGCGUUGUAGCCUUACUUCUCAUCAGAGAAUCCACACAGGGGAGAAACCUUUUGAGUGUCUGGAAUGUGGAAAGAGUUUCACGCAUAAGAUAAGUUUCACUUAUCAUCAAACAACUCACACAGGCGAGAAGCCGUAUCAGUGCGUGGAGUGCGGGAAGAGCUUCAGUCAACGUUGCACCCUGACUUCUCAUCAGAGAAUCCACAGGGUGGAGAAACCGUAUAAAUGCCUGGAAUGUGGAAAGGGCUUUACGUGGAAGAUAGGUCUCGCUGCUCAUCAAACAACUCAUACAGGGGAGAAACCGUAUCGGUGCUUAGAGUGUGGAAAGAGCUUCAGCCAUAAGGGGAGCCUCACCUAUCAUCAGAGAAUCCACACAGGGGAGAAGCCAUAUCAGUGCAUGGAAUGCGGAAAGAGCUUCAGUCACCGUUGCACCCUCACUUCUCAUCAGAGAAUCCACACAGGAGAGAAACCAUAUCAGUGCCUCGAAUGCGGAAAGAGCUUUAAAGAGAAGAGCAGGCUCACUUUUCACCGAAGGACCCACACAGGGGAGAAGCCAUACAAAUGCUUGGAAUGCGGAAAGGGCUUCACGCAGAAGAUAGGCCUCUCUGCUCACCAAACGGCUCAUACAGGGCAGAAACCGUAUACCUGCUUGCAAUGCGGAAACGGCUUCACUAGAAGAUCAAGCCUUAACUUGCAUCAGAGAAGCCACAGCGGCGAGAAGCCAUAUCAAUGCCCGGAGUGCGGAAAGAGCUUCACUCGAAGGUCCGGCCUGAACUUGCAUCAAAGAACUCACACAGCGGUGAAAUCAUAUAAGUGCUUGGAGUGUGGAAACAACUACAACAAUAAGAUAAACCUCACGUAUCAUCAAAGAACUCACAGGAGCGAUUUGAAUAUGCAACAAAAUAUUGUCUCCCAUGUGAAACAGGAGUUCGAUUGUGAGGACCCACAUCGGACUUGCACUGUAUAAAUGAAUGCUAAGCAGGGAGCAAUAAACUGUACCUACCCUGAGCAACGAUAGCAAAGGAACUGAAGUAUUUUCUUUUAGCUUUGCUCCUUUUCUAAAACAAAAUGUGAAAUCACCGCUGCUCCCCUCUGCCCUCCCCAUCCAUCCUUCCUCUCCUGAGCACGUAGUGAUGCUUCCGUAUGGGAGCAUUCAGCUCCUAUGCAUGGUCAAGGAUCUGCCCAAGGGCAUUUCCAAAAUGCAUUGCCUCUUGGUAAUGGAUUUUGGGACAUGUUUGGGGGCCUUGCUAUCUGGAGGAUAAUAUAAUCAAGGCUCCCAUACCUGCUCAGGUCCCUAUGUAUUGGGAGGAGGGGAAAGUGGAAAGACCAAAAGGGAGAGAGAGCAUAGACAUCAAUCAACACAGUCUCUAAUUUGAUGUCAGUUUUGAAGGGAAGCGGCAUAAAAACCCGUAAGGAGGAUGGGUUUUAAUUCUACUGGAUCAGAUCUUUACCCCACAGAAAUGCACAGAGUCUAAAUGUGGGUGGUGGUCUCUCUUGCUGUGUGUGUUUUCUAUGUAUCUGCAGCUGGGUGCUUUCUUCCUCUCCGCCCAUGUUCGCCACACACAAAAGCCACAGAUCCGGCGCUUGCCGGCACUGCCAUAGCACAACAAUGGGGAUCUGAGACAUGGAUCAGU